ACAUGGAUAAAUCUAGAUGAAAGCAAAACUCGCAAUUGACGUGGGUCUAUGGAGGCAGUGCAAGUACUAAAUUCUUUCAUCUGACUACUAAAAUUGUUUGGGUGCGGUUUCGGUCCGGUGAGAAGUGGCUCUGGUGCAACUCAUCCAUGAGGACCAUAUUGAGCAUAAAAAUUUCUUGCUUUCCACUCUGAUUUAUUGGGAAAUUGAUGAGGAUCGAAUGCCCUCCUCCACCGCCGCCCCCCACCUCGCGGCACUUCUCCGCUCCGCCGGGCACCGGCGCUCCCACGCCCUCUGCCGCCAGCUCCACGCCCAACUACUUAAAUCCGGCCUCCGCCAUCUCCCUCCCUUCCCAGUCGUCCUCCUCACCGCCUACGCCCACUGCGGCCUCCUCCCCGCCGCCCGCCACCUCUUCGAUGAAACUCCCCAUCGCGAUCCCUUCCUCUACACCGCCCUCCUCGCCGCUUUUUCCCACUCUGACCGCCCUUCCGAUGCUCUCUCCCUCUUCCGCCAGAUGCUCGCCGUCGACCGCAUCCCUCUCGACGGGUUCAUCCUCGCCACCCUUGUCAAGACCUCCUCUCGCCUCUCUUCCAUUCGCCUGGGCAGGCAAGCCCACGGUCAAUUCAUCUCUUCGCCGUUGCUCUCAGGAGACGAUGUCGUUAAGUCCUCCCUCGUUGACAUGUACUCCCGGCGUGGUGCCCCCGACGACGCCCGCAAGGUCUUCGACACUAUUCUCCACAAGAAUCGCGUCUCUUGGACAGCUAUGGUCUCCGGAUAUGCGUCCAAUGGCCGAAAGGUGGAGGCUUUGGAGCUUUUUCGACAAAUGCCAGAGAAGGACGUAUUCGUGUGGACUGCUCUGAUAUCUGGGUUCAUACAGAGCGGCGAUAGCUUUGGCGCUGUUAAGUUAUUUGUUGAGAUGAUGAGGGAAGGUGUUCUAAUAGAUGAUUCCUUCAUCCUAUCAAGUGUUAUUGGUGCUUCAUCUCACCUGGCCUCGCUUGAACUUGGCAAACAGCUACAUUGUCUCGUGGUGGGUCUAGGAUAUGAAUCGAGCAUGAUUGUAGGCAAUUCUCUUGUGGACAUGUAUGCAAAAUGUAGUGAUAUUUACUCAGCUAGAGCUGUAUUUGAGGGAAUUUCAGCACGAGAUAUUGUCUCGUGGACGACUAUGGUCAUCGGAGAGGCUCAGCAUGGAAGAGCUGAGGCUGCACUGGCUCUUUUUGAUGAAAUGGUUCUCGCUGGAGUGAAGCCAAAUGAGGUGACGUUUGUUGGGCUGAUCUAUGCUUGUAGCCAUGCAGGUUUGGUUCAAAGGGGUCGUGAACUUUUUGAUUCAAUAACCCUGGACUAUGGAAUGAAGCCCUUGCUGCAACACUAUACUUGCUUGUUGGAUCUUCUUAGUCGGUCGGGGAACUUAUCUGAUGCAGAGGAUAUCAUCAGGACAAUGCCAUAUGAACCUGAUGAAGCGACUUGGGCUGCUCUAUUGAGUUCUUGUAAGAAGCAUGGGGAUACCCAGAGGAGCACCAGGAUUGCCGACCAUUUGUUGGCCUUGAAACCAAGAGACCCUUCAACGUAUAUACUGUUGUCUAAUACAUAUGCCACUGCUGGGAAAUGGGAACAUGUGGCUACUGUCAGGAGGUUGAUGGCAAAUAUGGAGAUCAGGAACGAGCCAGGUUAUAGUUGGGUUGAAUUAGGGAAGGAGAGCUGUUUGUUUCAAGCCGGGGAAGUGCCACAUAAUAUGAGAAAUGAGAUCCUUGGAUUGCUUGAGGGGUUGGUUAUGGAGAUGAAGAAGAGAGGGUAUGUUCCAGAUACCAGGUCUGUUAUGCAUGAUGUGGAAGAGCAUGAGAAGGAGCAGCAGUUGUUUUUGCAUAGUGAGAGGCUGGCUGUUGCCUAUGGGAUACUCAAGUCAGUUCCUGGAGCAGUGAUUCGUGUGGUGAAGAACAUCCGUGUUUGCAGCGACUGUCAUACAGUAAUGAAGUUGAUUAGUAGUAUCAUUGGGAAGGAGAUUGUUGUGAGAGAUGCCACCCGUUUUCACCAUUUUGAGGGUGGAAAGUGCUCUUGUGGUGAUUUUUGGUAACCCAAGAAUUCUAUGAUGGCAAAUUAAAGCUGUCAGAUGAAUAGUAUCAUCUGAAGAUCAGUAUCAACUCUUCAAACAAGUUGUUCAUAAAUGGAGAUUCACCUCAUAAUAACUUUUCAACUGCAAGCUAUGGCUAUCAGAAACACCUUAUUUUGCUUGGAGGCUAUCUGAAAAAUAUUACUUAGCUGAAAUUUGUUCUUUAUUGCAAGCUGAACUUCAUCCACGAAAAUACACUGAUAAGGGAUAAAUUAAUAUAAUCAUUGUUGGUAUGAUGAUUUAGGUGUAGAUAACACCCAUAAUUUGUUUCUAGGCCUUCAGAUGUAGCAUGGAAGUCUAGUAGAUGGCCAAUUGACAUUAAAUUCCUGAUCAAAUAGUCAUAUCAUUAA